AUGGCGACGACUGCCGAGCUCGAUGCGGCUGCGUUCGCGCUCAUGUUCCCGUCGCACUCGGCGUCGGCGUCGAUCGUCCGUCCUUACAGAUUCACUCGCGAGCGCCCUGCCAACCUCACCGACGAGCGGCUGCGCGACCUCGCAGAGCACAUGCACGCCAAGCAACAGGCUCAAGCUCAGGCUCAAGCUCAGGCUCAAGCUCAGGCUCAAGCCAACGCUGCUGCUGCAGUGCCACCGUCGAUGACCCCGUCACACUUGCAGUCUGUUGCUCAAGCAUCAUCAGCUGCAUCUGCGCCGGUCAUCACGCCAGGCGCGCGCAAGAUUGCGAGCGGUGCGCCAGCAACCACAACCGCGAGUGCUCAAGGAUCAACCGCAGCUGCAGCUCCAGCAGCCAAGGUUGUUUUGUCUGCUGCCGAGAGAGAACGGCGCAUUCAGGAAAUUCAAGCCCUCAUCAGUCGUCGCGAGGAAGAAAAGAAGCUGCUGUUCGACCAGCUCAAGGAGGUGCUCCACGAAGAAGCAAAGUCUCGCGAGGCACAGCAGCAGCAACUGCAGCAACGAACAUUUGUAUCCACUCCUGGCGCGGGUCCCGCCGGCAGUGCAGCGAGCGGCGGCUUGUCGCAGCAGACCGGACCUGGCCCGAUGCACUCGCAGAUAUCCCCUUCCAAGCCGCAGCUACUGCCUGGAUACAACCACAACGCUAUGAUGAUGAACAGCCGCGUCGGCUACCCUCCACAGCAGUCACAGCCAGCGUCAUCGCAGCACACAUCCUACUCGCCAUACAACCAGCAGCCACCAGCGCAACCGCCACAACAUCCGACAUUCCCACCGCACACCGAUGCGCGGCGUCCAAUGUCCGUGUCGGCCCCUUUCCCUCGCAAACGUUCACGAAGCCCAUCACCCGUGCGAGGAGGCCCAUAUCGCGAGGGCGAUCAUCUCAACAAGCGGCCAGAGCCGGAUCGCCGCUUUUCGCAAGGUGGCUUCUCUCGGGACCGCGAGCGGGAGCGCGAUCCGAGGGACACACGCGACCCGCGAGACAUGCGCGAUGCCAGAGACAGAGACCGCGACAUGCGCGAUGCGAGGGACAUGCGCGAUGCGAGAGACAUGCGCGACGCGCGGGAUAUGCGGAACGGGCGCGAUCCGCGAGAUCGCGACAUUCGUGAUCGCGAUCGAGACCGCGAGCGUGACUGGGACAAUCCCCGUUUCCCUCCUCGGUUGAAUGUGCCUCCGGCUGCAAAGCCUUCGCCGCAUCGACCGGGCUUCUCACAGCCGCCAUUCCCGGGUGGCCCCGCUCAGUCGCCAGGUUUCCCUGGAGACCGCAACUUUCCUCCGCCACCCGGAUCUGGGCAGCCUGCAUCUGCGGCCUCGCCCCGUCCGUGGAAUGGCUCCACCCUCGCGGCCGAUGCCGAUGCACCAGUCGAUGCAUCCGUGUCUCGGGAUCAUGAUCAUGAUGCUGCACCACCGUCGCGUGAGACCAAGCGCGCGCGAAUCUCCGAGGAUUCAGUCAAUCCUGCUCCUGCUGAUACUGAUGUUGCUGCUGCCACUGCCGCUGCCGCUGCCACUGCCACUGAUGCUGAUUCUGCACUGAACAUGAAGCGCCGACAAGAGAUGAAAGCGGCCAAGCGAGCCAAGCUGAAGGAGAAGCGAAAGCGCGCGAUCGCACGCGACAGGGCAAUGCGAGCCCAAGCAAGCAAGGCUCAACCCUCGACAUCGACGACGGCCGAGCGCCAGCCAGACCAAGGCGAGCAAGCCAAGGCCAGCAAGAGCGGGACAAGCCAAGGUGCAAGGUCGGACGGGAAAGUUGUCGCAGCGGCGGACGCAAACUCGAGCUCAACUCAAGCAAGCUGCUACUCUGCUGCAACGACGAGUGCAUCCACAGGCUGCGAUCAAGCUGGAUCGAACAUCUCGCAGAGGACACUGGGAGACCUGUUUAGUUUGCUGCAGCAAUCCCUGUCGCGGAUUGACACACUCGAGCAAACCGUCACAGAGUUACAAAGCCAGAUUAGUUACGUCUACUCACUCCAGCAGUAUUCCUGGGGUGCAUCAUCCGAUGCUGCGACUGCUGAAGCGUCAAACGCAACGUACACAGCAGGUGGAUCGAGCGCAAACUGGCAGCAAACUUCGAAACAAAGCAAAGUGUCUUCAUCUCGAGGCAAGGCGAACAAGCGGAACCACACAGCAGCAGUCGAUGCACAACCCGAGCAGGAUGCAUAUCCUACACGCAAAAACCCUGGGGUGCGCCGAAAGCCCGCCGCCGACGUGCUGCAGCUUCCCGUCCUCGAUCCGACCGUGACAAUCACCGCCGUUCAUCCCGGCCACUUGAUAUUUUCUGAUGAUGGUACUCCAUCGACAAUUCACGACAACAACCAGGCACUUGAUGGCAAAAUAACGGCAGCCACAGUCAGUAGCGAUCCGAAAAGCGAUCCGAAAAGCGACGAGCAGCCAACGACAGCAAUGGACAUUUCAGCAGCAGCAACAGCAGCAACAACGACUUCUGUCACCCCGACUCCAGCAGUAUUUGAAAACACACCUUCAAACAAGUCAAACCGGCGGCACCAGACACGAAAACAAUUCGGGAUUGGGGCGUUUCUCGCAAACCUUGCGCCAACAUGCUCGACUCCACCAAACCCCGCCGAGUCCUCCGCGUCAUCGCGUUCCGCUGCCCCCGACAUGAGUGGCGCUCAGGUUUAA